GCAAAGGCCUGGAUGUCUCCAUGACAACACUAACGGAGGAGAGAGUCUGUAUAAAUCGUGACAGAACGUGAAGGAAAGGAUGGCAGAAACCGGUGAUGGUAAAAAAGAGGAUGCCGACUACAAAAGACUGCAAAGCUUUCCGCUGAUCAGGCAUACUGAUAUGCCAGAGGAGAUGCGUGUGGAGACCAUGGAGCUCUGCGUCACGGCCUGUGAGAAAUUCGCCUCCAACAAUGAGAGUGCUGCCAAGAUGAUCAAGGAGUCCAUGGAUAAGAAGUUUGGCAGUUCGUGGCAUGUGGUGAUCGGUGAGGGCUUUGGGUUUGAGGUGACCCACGAAGUCAGGAACCUACUCUACAUGUUCUUCGGUGGAAGUCUGGCUGUGUGCGUUUGGAAAUGCUCCUGAUGUCACUUCCUGUCCACACGAUCGCCAGUGUGAGAUAUUUAAACUCAUGGACCCGUUUUAUCUAUGCAGCCCUAUUUGACUUGACGUGUGUAUGCGAGUGUGCAUGUGUACAAAUGUGUGAAAUUGGGAAUGGUGAGAAAUAUACAGAUUCCGGUGCACUUCUGCAGAACAUCUUUCUCUAUCUUAAAUUUUAUUGGCUUCAGCUUGAGCUGAACACUUGGAUUUGACCAGGUUUACCUUUUUAAGCAUUUUAAUAAACUUUACUGGAACUAAGUUCAUUGCAACUGACUGCAGGUCCUAGUUAAGAACAUUUAUAGUUUCUGUCUGGUUUCUGAGCUUUUUACUUUCUUAAAGCAUGUUCCUGGUCAUGUUGUGCACAGUUCAUCAUAGCACUUUAUUCCAAAGAAAACCUUUGCCUAAUAUUUCAUCAAAACAAAUGCCUCACCUCUCACAAAUUUCCUUUUCCAUUGGCAUGAAUAGCAUUUAACAUUUAGUCUUUGUUUUUAGCAAAGUCGUUUUUGCUUGACUCAAUCAUUUGUUAAUUUAUUUUAGUAUAUAACACUUUCUUCUAGUCAAAUUCUAAAAUUGAUGAUUUCUCUUAGCAAUACACUACUGUUCAAUUGUUUGGGGUCAGUAAAAUUUACGUUCCCCAAGGCUGCAUUUAUUUGAUCAAAAUACAGGUAAAAACUACAAUACUGUUACUCAUUCAUUUUCUUUUUGGCUUAGUCCCUUUAUUAAUCUGGGGUCGCCACAGCGAAAUGAACUGCGAACUUAUUCAGCGUAUGCUUUAUGCAGCGGAUGCCUUUCCAGCUGCAACCCAUCACUGGGAAGCAUCCAUACACACUCAUUCACACACAUAAGCUGCGUCUCAUAUGUCAUACUAUGCACUCAUGCACUUUGUACUUAUACACUUACACACUCAACAGCAUAGUAUAUGUAUACAAGUGUCGUCCCAAAUGGAGCACUAAUGUUUUUUAUUAUGCAUAAAUUCAAAUUGUUACCAAAUUAUGAAAUAAUACCUGCCAUGAGUUUAACCGAAUUUACCAUCGGGAGACUAUAACCACUCUCGUAGGAAAAUUUUGUUUUCACCAUUCAAAAUAAAUAAAGUUAUUUAACAUGUGCGCCCCAUGACUCUGCCCUUUCCGCUAUCUGAGCAAACCUGCGGUCGUUGAGUGAGUGAAGGGUCCAUCAUUACACACUUAAUUUUACCAGCUGAAUGAGUGCAUCAUCAAGGUAAUUAAAAUGCACAUUUUUAGAAUUUUCAGUGUAAACACACUACUUACACUAUUUAUACUACAAAAUGGCGUAGAAUAGUACAUAGGUAUGCGAUUUGGGACGCAGCUAUACACUAUGGACAAUUUAGCGCACCCAAUUCACCUAUAUCACAUGGCGCAUGUUUUUGGACUGUGGACUUUGGACUAUUUCAGUACAAUAUUUCCAACUGAAAUGGAAUUGUGUUCCUCUCAUUUUUCAUUUUUCCUCUCAGUUAAAGGGGUGUGGCUCGUAUUUCACCCAUGCCGUCAGACUGACAUUAUUACAGAAGCACUGCCAUUUCAGAGCAGAUAUUAAUUAAAGAUUACCAGAACAAUUUUUUGGGGUGGAUUAACUUUACAUUUAAUAGUUCUCCUUAAGAUCAACUAUGUGCACUGGUGAAAUAAACAUUUUGAUUUCACACA